AAGAGAGUAUACUGGCCCCGACUCGAUCUCGGAAGAAAAAAUCCGGCCCCGACCCGACCCUCCGCCGCCGCCGCCGCUCGCAGCGCAGCCGCCUCGCCCCCGUCGGCGGAGAAGUUGGCCUAGCCGCGGUCGCACGAGGAGAUGCUCGACAUUAACCUCUUCCGCAAGGAGAAGGGCGGCGACCCUGAGCUCGUCCGCCAGUCGCAGCGCAGCCGCUUCGCCCCCGUCGAGCUCGUCGACGAGGUCAUCGUCCUCGACGAGGCGUGGCGCCAGAGGCAGUUCGAGCUCGACAAGAUCCGGCAGGAGCUCAACAAAACCAGCAAGGAGAUCGGCAAGCUCAAGGCCAAAAAGCAGGAUGCGACGGAGCUGAUACAGAGCACGGAGGAGAUUAAGAAGAGGCUGGCCGCCAAGGAGACCGAGGUGCAGGAGGCCAAGACCACCCUCGACGCCAAGCUCGUUACCAUCGGCAACCUCGUGCAUGAAUCCGUGCCCAUCAGCAACGACGAGGCAAACAAUGCUAUUUUGCGGACAUGGGGAGAGAAGAGACUGGAGGAGAAAUUGAAGAAUCAUGUGGAUCUUUGCAUAAUGCUUGACAUCGUGUCUUUGGAUAAGGGUGCUGAUGUAGCUGGUGGAAGAGGUUUCUUUUUGAAGGGCGACGGUGUUCUCCUGAACCAGGCGUUGAUAAAUUUUGGGCUAUCAUUCCUGGGAAAACGAGAAUUUACACCAAUGCAAACUCCUUUUUUCAUGAGAAAGGAAAUCAUGGCAAAAUGUGCCCAGUUGGCCCAAUUUGAUGAGGAGCUCUACAAAGUAACAGGUGACGGAGAGGAUAAGUAUCUCAUAGCAACAUCGGAGCAACCGCUAUGUGCUUAUCAUCUAGGUGAUCGAAUUUAUCCUGCAGAUUUGCCGAUCAGAUAUGCUGGGUUCUCCACGUGCUUCCGGAAAGAAGCUGGUUCACACGGGAGGGACACAGCUGGCAUCUUCAGAGUCCACCAGUUUGAAAAGAUCGAGCAGUUCUGCGCCACAGGUCCAAAUGACAAUGUAUCCUGGGAAAUGCAUGAGGAGAUGAUUAAGAAUGCAGAAGAUUUUUAUCAGGCGAUUGGGCUACCAUAUCAACUAGUUUCGAUUGUCUCUUGUGCUCUUAACGAUGCAGCAGCUAAGAAGUAUGAUUUGGAAGCAUGGUUCCCUGCAUCAAAAACCUUCCGAGAAUUAGUAUCCUGUUCAAAUUGCACAGAUUAUCAGGCAAGGAGACUUGGAAUAGGCUAUGGCCAGAAAAAGAAUGAUGAGCAAUCGAAGCAGUUUGUUCAUAUGUUGAAUUCCACGCUGACUGCAACUGAGAGGACCCUUUGUUGUAUUCUGGAGAACUACCAGAGGGAGGGUGGUGUUGAAGUGCCAGAGGUGUUGCGGCCGUUCAUGCUUGGAAUAGAUUUCCUUCCUUUCAAGCGGCCUCUUGUUGAUAGCAAACAAGCUGCUGCUGACUCCAAACCCAACAAGUCUAAACCAAAGGGGAAUGCGGCUUGAGCUGUAAGGGUAGCAAAAUGAAAAUUGUUUCCAGGCAGAUAAUGAUGGAUCCUUCCUUUUAUUAAUCUCUGAAUCGUCUGUGGCAUGGUGAUGAUUUGGUGUCCCAUUUUGGAUGUUUGGUUACAAAAUAUUGCAAUCCAGGGCACAGUUUACCACAAAGUAUAUUAGUGUUUUUCAUGACUAUUA